AUGUCAACCUGGCCAAGAUCGCGGGAUCCUGAUCAGGAUGAUGUCGAGCUCGCAAACUCGCCCCUUGAAAAGGCUUUCCUUGACAAUUUCAAGAAUGCUUUACUUGCAAGCCCCGAGGCGGUGAACAAUGAAGAUCUCGUUCACGUCAAUUUCCAAGGUCUCCACGGAAUCGAGACCUUGACCUAUCCAACGUCGGUGCUGUUGGACUUCCCAGAACUUCCAUCAGACUAUAUGAUUACCCAGCUACAUGAGUCCUUUUCCUCAGGAUGGAAGAGCCACAUUCUCAUCAACAACAUUUCAAUACCGAGUUCUGCACAAUCUCAGAUCGCACCGUAUCUCAAAUUAGCAAUCGCUUGUCUUUCCUCGACUGCACCGGCUAUUGACCAGACCGAUCAGAGCGCUCUAGCUAAAACACUCUUCAUUGCCUCCCAUGCACUGUGGACCGUCAUGCUCGAGGUUGAUAACAGAGAAGCACGAGCUUCCGAGUCGGUUGUCACGGCUGCCCUACUGGGCGUCUACGCCACUGUAAGCUCAGACACCAAGGUUUGGAGCAACUUCGAGCAACAAAUGCUGCCAUCGUCUAUCACGAUACUGCGCCGUCUUCGACUCCAAGAGUCCACGCCCUCAGAUGGUGCCGUGACCCCCCAACUGUUGGAUGCUGGAACCCGUACGAGCUUAAUCGGCUGCUUCUGGCUGAUCAACGUUUUGGGCUCACUGCAUUUGGACAUAGCUAGUUGUCUGACGACAAAUGAAAUAGAGAUGCACCUCAGCUCAUUGGGGAUUCGUUUUCAGAGGGCAUACCGAAGCUUGUUAGACGAAGACGCCUUUGUCCCCCCAGGCUUGGGCUCACGAGAAGACGCGGUCCUCUUGCUCAUUGCUAUCUUAUGCGACUUCAUUUGCUUGCGAAGGUCCUUGAGAAGGCUUGCGAGACAUGUCUCACAACACUUGCAACAACUAAACGCUGUAAAGUCAGGCAAGCCUUCCGCAGUGCGAACUCUUUAUCCGCCCACCCUUCCACAUUCCGAAUAUGGCCGAAUGGUCGAUCAGCUGUCAAUUGCUCUGGAUAAAUGGGAAUUGACCUUCCGGAUUGGUAGAUCUCCCAAUGACCUGGCUUUGUACUUUUGCUGUCGACUCUACAUUUCCUGCCCAGAGUUAACUCUACUUCCUAGGUUAGCAGGAUACGCUCCGGUCGUUCAACGGAUGGGUCUAUCCAAUGGCCCUGAAACCAUCGAAACCAUCGAGCUCUCAGAUGAUUCAAUCGGAUAUGCUUGGUCUGUGCUUGACAACACUUGCGACCCUUAUCCGAUAUGGUCCCCUGUCAUAGUUUUCCUCGCCGCCCUUGUCGUCUGGACCAACAUAACAUGCCCAAAGACAAGUUCGGCAAGAACAGGCAGUCUCAAGCAGAUCCUUCCAUUCAAAUUGGAGUUAGACCAGAUGCCAUGGCCAUGUUGCUCGGAAAUGUCCUUGACUUUGAAUAGACUUGUGCAUGGAAGCUGA